AUGUUAAAAUAGAUUAUUUUACUCUUAUUUAUUACAUCCAUUCUUACAAUUGAUUGCGAUUAUUGUAAAGCUGAAUUGUUAGAUAGUCUUAGAGUUAAAACGGAUAGCGUGAUUGUCAAAUGCUUAGAUUCUGAUUUCUCUAAAAGUUCGGUUGGAACCAUUUUUGGAAAUUGUUUAUCUAUUUAAGGAGUGGAUUCUGCCAAAAUCAAAUAGCUUGUAUCUUGUGUGAGUUCAAAAUGUUGGGAUCAAUGGAUUAAUCAAAAGAAUGAAUAAUUUUUAUUCUGAAAUUGUUAUUAAUUUCUUUA